GGCUGUUCCGUGGCCGAGGGCGGUGCCGGGCACGGCGCGGCCCUGGGGGUGGUGGAGGGCCGUGUCCCAUGGCGCUGACGGCGGGCCGAGCGCGGGUGCUCCUCAGUCGUCCGCUCCCGUGGCGCUGCUACAGCCACGGGGGGUGCUCCGUGGUGCUGCCGCCCGGGGGGUACAGGGUGUGGCAGGAGCGGGCGGCCCGCGACCCUGCUGAUUUCUGGGCGGAGGUGGCCCACGGGGUGCUGCGCUGGGACAACCCCUUCCACACGGCCUGCCAGGCCGGCCCGGUCGCCGGCGCCGCCCGCUGGUUCCUCGGCGGCCGCCUCAACGUCUCGGUGAAUUGCUUAGACCGACAUGUUGAAAAGUCUCCAAACCGAGUGGCUUUGAUUUGGGAGAGAGAUGAGCCUGGCACUGCAGUGCAUGUCACAUACAGGGAACUUCUGGAUCUGACUUGCCGUCUUGCCAACACCCUGAAGAAAUAUGGGAUACAGAAGGGGGACAAGGUGGCCAUCUAUAUGUCUGUGUCUCCCUUGUCAGUGGCAGCCAUGCUGGCUUGUGCUAGGAUUGGUGCUGUUCACACUGUUGUCUUCGCUGGAUUCAGCGCAGAGUCCUUAGCUGGCAGGAUCAUGGACUCUGGAUGCAAAGCAGUUAUCACCUACAACCAGGGAGUCAGGGGAGGCCGAAUCAUAGAGCUGAAGACAACUGUGGAUGAGGCUGUGAAGAACUCUGCAAGCAUCAAACAUGUCUUUGUGGCUCAGAGGACAGAUAACAAAGUCCAGAUGGGUGACCAUGAUAUUCCCCUUGAGGAGGAGAUGGCCAAGGCAGCUCCUGUAUGCAUUCCAGAGAGCAUGGACAGCGAAGACACGCUUUUCAUGCUGUAUACCUCAGGCAGCACUGGAAAACCCAAGGGCAUCAUUCACACCCAGGCUGGAUACCUGCUGUACACUGCUCUCACGCACAAGUAUGUAUUUGAUUACCAAGAAGGUGAAGUUUUUGGCUGUGUGGCUGACAUUGGCUGGAUCACAGGACAUAGCUAUGUUGUAUAUGGGCCACUCUGCAAUGGAGGCACCUCUGUCCUGUUUGAAAGCACUCCAGUGUACCCUGACCCAGGUCGUUAUUGGGAAAUGGUACAAAGGUUGAAAAUUAAUCAGUUUUAUGGAGCACCUACGUCUAUACGCUUGCUGCUGAAUUAUGGAGAAGAGUGGGUGAAGAAAUAUGACAGAGCCUCCUUGAAGACCUUGGGAUCGGUGGGAGAACCCAUCAACCAUGAUGCUUGGCAGUGGUUCUACCAUGUGGUGGGAGAAGGGCGCUGCACCCUUGUGGACACAUGGUGGCAGACAGAAACUGGUGGCAUCUGCAUUGCCCCCCGGCCUUCAGAGGAGAAAGCUGAGAUCGUUCCGGCUAUGGCUAUGAGACCUUUCUUUGGGAUUGUGCCCGUGCUGAUGAAUGAGAAUGGAAAGGUUAUAGAAGGCAAUGAUGUGUCCGGUGCACUCUGCAUUGCCCAGCCAUGGCCUGGCAUGGCAAGAACAAUCUAUGGAGAUCACCAGCGAUUUGUUGAUGCCUAUUUCAAAGCCUACCCAGGUUACUACUUCACGGGGGAUGGCGCUUACAGAACCAAGGAAGGCUAUUACCAGAUAACGGGGCGCAUGGAUGAUGUCAUUAACAUCAGUGGACACAGGCUUGGAACGGCAGAGAUAGAAGAUGCAAUGGCUGAUCACCCUGAGGUCCCUGAGACAGCUGUGAUUGGAUAUCCUCACAAGAUCAAAGGAGAAGGUGCCUUUGCUUUCAUAGUGUUAAAGGAGCAGACAGCUCAUAUAGACCGUGUCAAAGAAGAGCUCAAAACCAUAGUGGCUUCCAAGAUAGCAAAAUAUGCUGUACCUGACCACAUUCUGUCUUUCACUUCUCUGCAGGUGGUGAAACGUCUUCCUAAAACCCGAUCAGGGAAGAUCAUGAGAAGGCUGCUGAGAAAAGUGGUCACUGAACAAUCAAGCGACAUGGGAGAUGUCACCACACUUGAUGAUCCAAGUGUUGUCAAGGAGAUAUUGGAUGCUUACCAGAAAUACAAGGAGAAGAGUUCCUCCUAACAGGCAGCUCUGGAAUCUCUCUCCUCUGGAAUGGUGGAAGGUCUCAAAUAAAAGGGCAAAUUACAUAGUUUUCUCUGUUCCCUCGUGGGGGGGGUCAAGAUUUUCUGCUCCACAAUGUAUUUUGAGGUGCACAGAGCUAGGAGCAAUCUGUAGUUUUGCACAGUGAGUGAGCUCCCUUUCAUUGCUUUUAGGGUGUUGUAGACCAGCCACUGGUGGCUUCUAUUAGCUAUGAUGAAAUUUAAUAUUAGCCAAAGCAAGAUGCAAAUGUUAAUGUUUCUAAUUUUAAUUUUACUGUACAGGGAAAUGUUUUUAUGUAAUAUUUUGCUGUUUUAAAAGGAGCCCUGGAACACAUUUCUUCAAUUUUUCUGUCAGCUUGGAUAUCCAAGUUCAAGUAGCUGUAUUUCACUGCCACUCUGGUACCUUUUCAGCAAUGCUGGGUAUUCUAGUAGAUGUUUCACAUCUGUUAUUUGAGAACUGAGACAGACAUGGCUAGUCUGAUAAUUCUUUCUUGUGUUUACCCAGUUCUAAUAACUCCUUUGGUUUUCCUCCUAAGGAUUCGUUCCUGCCACUGUGUGUCCUGGGACUUGCUGGAGAUGUGGAGAUGUGUCCCUUUAAGUCCCAAAUAGGCAACUGCCAGCUGCAAAACUCAGCUGCAACCCCUGUUGAAUUCUUCUAAUCCUUUUGUCUGUCCGUGAGUAAUGUGUGGGUUAUUUGCCAGAUUGCCUUUGUAGCUUCAUCAGAAGACACCCAAAAUCAAUUUUACCUGUUGCAGUUUGUUGUGCUUGCUUCUUUUCCAUUUGUUUUUGCCAGUAAGCCCCAGUCAUGGUGCCUUCCCUGCCACUGGAGACACAGGCCAUGAUAAUUCUUAAUUAUCUUAAUUUCUUAAUUUUAGAAAGGGAAAGUCCCUCUUUCUAGAGAUGAGGUGUGUGUUGUACAGUCUAAUGUCAAGCUUUUAAUUUCAUUUUGUUUUAUUGUAAUCGUGCUUUAAAAGCAUUUCUUGUCCCUGACCAAAACCAGUUUCUUCAGUGAUCUCUGUAUUCAUAUUUUCAUAAAGGAAGUAUCUUUCUCUGUGUGA